AUGGAUCUAGAUCUUGUUCUGGGCAUGUCCUGCAGGAACAUCAGCUGCCUGGCCUGUGACCAGAACAGUUCCCUGGCAGCACAUACAGCGUCUGGAGUUUUAGUCUUACUGGAUACAGCUACAAACUGCCAGGUCAGAUACCUCCACCUGCGCCAGAAUGCUGUCUCAACGGUCAGUUUUUCUCCAGAUGGGAAGUUGAUUGUGACUGGAGAGAUCGGCUACAGACCUGCUGUACGAGUGUGGAGGGUCAAGGUCAAGGCCACUGAUCGGGUUAUACACAGUCACAAGAGCAUUGAAGAGUUCAAGGGAAACUGCCUGAAGGUGCAAGACCAAAUCUUGUUCAUUGGGUUCAACAGUGGAGAUAUCCACAUGUUUGAUGCAAUAUCCCUGCUUCAUCUUGCGGCACUUCCGGCACCAACAUUUUUCCAACGGACUUGCAUGAAUGGAAGUGGAGUGUUCACGUUAGUAUUCAACCCCAGCACUACACUGCUGAUCACAGCCUACAAGAACUCUAGCAUGUGUGUCUGGGACCUGAAGGAAGCCAGCAAUGUCAAACAGAAGUAUGUAGCUGUCUACCACAGCAAGGCUAUCACCAACACCGACAUCUUCACCACCAAGGACUCCAAAGGGCAAGUCAGAGAGACCCUGGUCACGGUGUCCCACGAUUCUACGGUUCGGCUGUGGGGAAUCGUCAUCGGAGAGUCCAUCUGCUACGAUCGCCUGAGUAUCCUCUACACUGAUCCUGCUCCAUUGCAGCCAGUCCUGGAGGCCCAGAACCAGACCUUGGAUAAUGCAGGCAUCAUCACAGCAGUCAAGGUCAGCCCAGAUAGAAAGUUCAUUGUGACAGGCAACCAAGCUGGCAACAUUUGUGUGUAUGAUCGGAUAACCUUUGAGCACUCGUUGACGGUGCUGGCUCACAACAGGGAAGUCACAUGUUUGGCAAUCUACUCUGAUAGCGCAGGUCGAACCAUUUUGGCCAGUGGAAGUAGGGACAGACUGAUCCAUAUCAUGGAUGUCAACAAUGAUUUCCGCUUGAUUUCCACUUUAAGCAUCCACUCGUCUUCCAUCACAGUUGUGGCCAUCUGCGAGAUGUCUGGCCAACUGAACAUGAUCUCCUGUGCUGCAGACAGAACGCUCAGCGUCUGCACCUCACCAGUCAGCUGUGAUACAGACAGCAAGUGUGCACCAGUCUUACAGCUGAGCAAGUGUACCACCAUCAUGUCCACACCGGCGGACAUCUGUGUGGAUUCAUUCACCAAACAGAUCUCAGUGGGCUGCCAGGAUGGCUACAUCAGAAUCCUGGAUAUGGAUUUGCUUCAGGAACGUCGAAUGUUCCGUGGUUGUCUCACAGAAGAGCGGCAAAUUCUCAAACUGUGUUUGGAUAGCAGAGGUGUCCUGCUGUUGUCGGCUGCCUCUGACAAAACUAUUAAUGUGAUCAGUUUUGCAACAGGAGACAUCCUCAUUUCUAUGUCUGGUCACACAAAAUUUAUUACGGGACUCAUCUUUACUUCAAGAG